UGCGCUGUUCUCCGAAAGACCAUCUGAAACUAAAAAGCGACUUGCAAACUUUCUGUCGGCUAAGGCGUUUAGGAGGGUGGCUAAAAGAGCUGUCUUGACUUCCAGCUCGAUUUUAUAAGCGACGGAACCGUGUUUUCAGAACAUUAAUGCAGCCUAAACCACAGUAACAAGUUGUUCACAUCAUCGAAACAUCAGCAGAAAUCAUGACGGCGGAGCAGCAUCAGCUGAAUUUGGACUACGGUGACUUUGACAUGAGGUUCGAUGUGAAAAAGGAGGCUGCAGCUUUUGGACCGGACCGCUCUUUUAUCCAGCAGUGCGGUAUACACGUGCCAGGCUCCGUGUCCAGCACACCCAUGAGCACCCCAUGCAGCUCCGUGCCUUCAUCCCCGAGCUUCAGCCCAAGCGGACAGAGAAGCGGUGCUGAAGAUCUCUACUGGACCCUGAGCACGGGGGCUUAUCCGCAGCACACAGAUCCCCACUGCCUUGAACUGACACCCGAGGAUGUCCGGGAAGCCUUAAGUGCCAAUCUCAUGCAGGCACACCCGUCUCAGCUCCACCAGGCAGAGAUGGAGCAUGGAUACAGGAGCAUCGGUCAGUUCCACGCACCAAACAUGCAUCAAUACCAUCAGGAGCAGUACACCGAACUCGGCCACAAUCCCGACUUCGCGCACGGCAAAAGCGUGGAUCAGUUAAUGCAGCAUCUCGACUGUGCACCUCAAGGCGCGACGCAGCUCAAGUCGCAUAAUAUCCACCAGCAGACGCACCACAGACGCGGCGAGCGCGCGGAGAGCCGCUUCUCCGACCAGCAGCUGGUGUCCAUGACUGUGCGCGAGCUCAACCGACACCUCCGCGGCAUGAGCAAGGACGAUAUUAUCCGGCUGAAGCAGAAACGCCGUACCUUGAAAAACCGCGGGUACGCUCAGUCGUGUCGACACAAACGCGUUCAGCAGAAACACGUACUGGAGAACGAGAAGACGAGCCUCGCGACGCAGGUGGAGCAGCUGAAGCACGAGCUCAAUAGGCUGGUGCGCGAGAGGGACGCGUACAAACUCAAAUGCGAGAGGCUAGUUGUCGGAAUGAACUGAGUAAUGGACCCUCUUGUGAAAAUCCCCCAUCGCCUGAAUUUUUGCGAUAGUUCUGCAUAUAUUUAAUGUUGAUAAAGUUUCUCUUUAAUGAUAUUAAAAAAACAGCUUAAGAUUGUUUGCUGGUCUGACCAGCUGAAAGACCAGAAAACCAUGUUAGACUUCUUUUAGGUGUUUUUGUCAGCAGAGGAGAAAGUUUUAAUUCUGUUAUUUGGUAUUUUAUAUUUUCACUCAACUUUAUCUCUGACAUGUCAAGCUGGUUUUGAUAAUGUAUCUGUUAUCUUCUAGUUUUCACAACAGUCUUCAUCAGUCAUCUCAGCUAUGCGAAUGACAUUUGACCUUUUUGGCAAUAGAUGCAUUGUGUUGGUAUUUUUGUUUAUUUGAACAUUUUGUAUAUCUUUAAUUUGUUUCAUUAAUCAGUUGUAUUUGUUCCUUGAAACUCUUCUGAAGAGUAGACGUUUGUGAUUUGCAUUUCAUUGUUAUCUCCAGAAUAAAUUUUUGAAGAAAAA